UGAUAUAUUAAAGCACGUUUAUCGACUUGUGACUAUUUUAUAAAUCUUUUAAAAAUAUUUAAAAAUUAUUUUCGUGAAAUUUGUCAACUGAAACAGUUAAUUUUGGAAAACCCAUAAAAAAAGCUUCUGCUAACUUAACUUGACCUUGCUUAUGCUUUGCUAGUUCUUUUCCGUUCAGCUACCGCGAUUGGAACAUGUCUUAUUCACCUGAAAGAAGAUCAGAAGAUUGGCCGGAGGAUUCCAAAAAUGGGCCAUCAAAAGAUCAACCUAACUACGAUGGACCUCCGGGAAUGGACCCCGAAGGGGCACUUGAUACUAACUGGCAUCAAGUCGUGGAAAGCUUUGAUGACAUGAAUUUGAAGGAAGAAUUGCUGCGAGGAAUCUACGCUUAUGGUUUUGAAAAGCCGUCCGCCAUCCAGCAGCGCGCUAUCAUGCCCUGCAUUCAGGGACGUGAUGUUAUAGCUCAAGCCCAGUCUGGAACUGGCAAAACUGCUACUUUCUCGAUUUCAAUUCUUCAGCAAAUUGAUACAAGUGUUCGCGAAUGCCAAGCGCUCAUUUUGGCCCCAACUAGAGAGCUGGCUCAGCAAAUCCAGAAGGUGGUGAUAGCUCUUGGUGAUCACUUGAAUGCUAAAUGUCAUGCCUGCAUCGGUGGCACCAAUGUGCGUGAAGAUGCUCGUCAGCUGGAAAGUGGUGUACAUGUGGUGGUGGGAACACCUGGUCGCGUUUACGAUAUGAUAACUCGUCGUGCACUGCGUACUAACACUAUCAAGCUGUUUGUGCUUGAUGAAGCUGAUGAGAUGUUGUCCAGAGGUUUCAAGGACCAGAUUCAUGAUGUAUUCAAGAUGUUGUCUGCUGAUGUGCAAGUCAUCUUGCUGUCUGCUACUAUGCCUGAUGAUGUACUCGAGGUAUCCCGCUGCUUCAUGAGAGACCCAGUGCGCAUUCUUGUGCAGAAGGAGGAGCUCACUCUGGAAGGUAUUAAGCAGUUCUACAUUGCCAUUGAACUGGAAGAGUGGAAGCUGGAUACGCUGUGUGACUUGUAUGAUACUCUCUCCAUCGCUCAGGCUGUCAUCUUUUGCAACACUCGCCGCAAGGUGGACUGGCUGACUGAAUCCAUGCAUGGCCGUGAUUUCACUGUGUCUGCUAUGCACGGCGAUAUGGACCAGCGUGAGCGCGAAGUUAUUAUGCGGCAGUUCCGUACUGGAUCAUCUCGUGUCCUGAUCACCACUGAUUUACUUGCUCGUGGAAUUGACGUGCAGCAAGUUUCUUGCGUCAUCAAUUACGAUCUGCCCACUAACCGUGAAAACUACAUUCAUAGAAUUGGAAGGGGUGGUCGUUUCGGCCGUAAAGGAAUCGCUAUCAACUUUGUUACUGAAGCUGAUAGGAGAGCACUCAAGGACAUUGAGGAGUUCUACCACACAAGCAUCUCGGAAAUGCCCAGCGAUGUGGCCAACCUCAUCUGAGGAGCCUGCGCUUACCCGGUUUAUACUUUGUGUCCUGCGUUCUAUUGCGAUAUUUAUAAGGUGUGUGUAUUAGGAGGAGCCUUCUAAUAACCGCUGUGCCGAAUUUUUCAUUGGAACUCAUUUCGUUCGGACCGAUAUAAUCGUUUUAGUUUAAUUAAUGAUUACAUUAUACUAUAAUAGACGUAUCAAUAUAAGUUUAAUAUACAUAGUUAGGAGUAAGACCGGCUCGGCCGGAUGGCCCCCGUUCCGCGCAGGCCUCUCUGCCGCUUGCAAAGAGGUCUCAUCGGGUACUGGAGAGGCUAUUUCAAUCACAAAAGUUCUCGGAGGAAACCCACUGUAUUGUAACUUUUUUUCCAGUUGUACAUAAUAUGGUAACUGUUUUUGUAAUACCCUAAAUAAAUAUAAUGAAAUAUCUCAA